UCUAACUUGCUACUAUUACAACUGUUUUAAAAGUAACUAAUAAAUCUCAAAUAAAUUAUUUGUUAUAGGAGUAAAGUAAUUUAAGGGAAGUAUUUGCCACAAGUAUGUCAAGUGAACUCAAGGGUAAAGUAUCCGACAGUGAAACAGAAACAGUCGAUUUACCCGAUACCCCGUCUCGUCGAACAGGCAGAACUAGACAAAAACCGAAAAAAUACAACGAUUUUUUUGAAUUGUCACCCUCUAAACGGAAACCCCGUAGAGUGAGUACUUCUAGUGAAGAAGACGAGAUUAUCGACGACUCUUGUCCGCAGAAACCCAGAGCACUGUUUAGUGAUGAUGAUGUGGAGGGUCAAGAUAUAUUCAAAUUUAAGGGUCGUCACACAAAGCAUGAUCUACAGAAUGCAGUGAGAUCAGCAAUGAUGAAUUCACCCAAAGUAAUACUCACACGUUUGAAAACUCCUAAAAAAGUAAUAAAUUUGCAUAGCCCAAUUAGAAAAGCAGCAGGUACUCCAAGACAUGUUAGGGAAGUAAUAAAAAAAAGAAUCAUUCAGGAAGUAGACAGUGAUAGUUCUGGUGAUUUUUCUGGAAGCAGCAGUGAUUUUGUUCCAGAUGAGAGUGAAAAUGAGGAGCAAUCUGAUUCUUCAUCAUCAUCAUCAACAUCAGUAGAAGAUGAGAAACCUCAGAGGAAAGAUUCAGUUAAAACACAAAUCACCAGAAACAGGAACAAUAAAAUGAAAAUUAAGGAUUCAGAAUACAUUGUAAAACCUGACAACUAUUUUAUGAUGAAUUCUAGUAAAAAAAUAGCCACAUCAGAUCACACUCUUGCUAGAUUGAAAAACAUGAAUAUUCAAGAUAAUUCUCCAGAUACUGUACAUAUAUCAACAGAACACAGGAAAAAAAUAGCAGAGCUCAACUAUAACCAUCGACAGCUCUUUGACAGAUGGCUGUAUGAACUGAGUGAAAACUUUAGUAUUAUUUUAUACGGCAUAGGAUCGAAACGAACUUUGCUCCAACAGUUUCAAACUGAGAAGUUAAACAAGUUUCCGUGUAUAAUGGUAAAUGGAUUCUUUCCGAGUCUCACCAUUAAGGAUAUCCUAGAAAGCAUCGUCGUAGAUCUGCUAGGGAAUACAACUGUACCGUCCAAUAUUGGCAGUGUUGUAAAAUUGAUUGACAGUCAGCUGUCAGAAAAUAGCGUGGACUUAUUUCUGAUAGUAAACAACAUCGAUGGGCCUAUGUUAAGAAAUUCUAAAUCACAAGUUACUUUGGCUAGUCUAUCUCAGAUAAAGAAUGUGCACACCAUUGCAACGAUAGAUCAUAUUAAUGCCCCGUUAUUAUGGGACUAUUCUAAAUUGAGUAAAUACAACUUUUCAUGGUGGGAUGUAACUUCGUUUGUUCCUUAUACUGAAGAAACUUCCUUCGAGAAUUCUAUAAUGACACACAAAAGUGGCGCCCUACAAUUAUCAUCACUCAGGAGCGUUUAUCAGUCACUAACAUCGAAUUCAAAAGGGAUUUUCACUAUCCUUAUUGAACAUCAAUUAGCAAAUCAAAAGCAAGCCCAUUAUCAAGGACUACCAUUUAAGGAUCUCUAUUCAAAAUGCCGCGAACAAUUUUUGGUCAGCUCUGACUUAGCUCUCAGAGCACAGUUGACAGAAUUCUUAGACCACAAACUCGUUAAAAUGAAGAGAACUCUUGACGGCAGUGAAAACUUAAUGAUACCGAUCAAUAAUGCAUUGUUACAACAGUUUUUAGAGCAGCAAACAAGUUAACGGUUCGACUGAUGUACAUAACUGCAUGCAAGCAUGAGUUUUAAUUUAUUAAAUAUUU